UGAUAUCUUCCAAUGCAGGAAAUUAUAGAAAAUCAUCAGACUGAAAAAACUGCACUUUUACAGUUGAGCCCAGCGUGAAUCUGAAUUUGGUGAGGCCAGUCAGUAGCAAUCAGCUCGCCAUGCUGAUGUGCAGUGCCUACAACUUCUACCCACGAAUGAUCCGUGUGACCUGGUACAGAGACGGCCAGAAGGUGACCAGUGAUGUCUCAGCCACGGAGGAGCUGGCGGAUGGAGACUGGUACUACCAGAUCCACUCCCACCUGGAGUUCACCCCCAAAGCUGGAGAGAAGAUCUCCUGUGUGGUGGAGCACACCAGCCUUAAGGAGCCCAGGGAGUUUGUCUGGGACUCCUCCAUGCCCAAGGCUGAGAGGAAUAAGAUUGCCAUUGGGGCUGCUGGCCUGCUGCUGGGACUGGUGGUCUGUGCUGCUGGACUGCUCUACUACAGGAAGACAUCAAGAGGUUAGCAGUGGAGUGUUAGA